UAAGCUUCACCUGGCACUCUCAGUCAAACGUUUGCUUCCAUUAAUCGCGCGCCGAUCCAAAUUUAUAUAUAUAAAUAUUUUUUUUUUGGUUCGACUUUACCGUUAUAUUGCUGUGAACACAUUGCUUUUUUUUUGUUGUAUCUAAAUCAAAGUGCUUGUUGUUGCUGCUGUUGUUGGUGCUAAGCCCGCAGGAUAACCCACGUGUAAAUAGUUGAAGAUGAGCAACAAGAUCGGUUCGCUGCUGUUGCUGAUGCUGGUCAGCGGUACGCUGCUAGCGACGGAGGGGAAGACGGUGCAUCGGCGGACCGAUAAGAUCUCGGAGAAUUUCAAGCAGCUCGAUCUGCCGCCAGAGGAGAUCGAUCCCGAUGUGGCACCGCCCGAGCCCCAGAAGCUGGAUGGCAGCGAUGUCAGCGCCGCUGUGGCCCCAAUGGUCGACGCUGUUCUCGAUGAGAGCGCCAAUGAAAUUGCCAGCAUCGAUGCAGCAGCAGCUGCUGCUUCAGCUCCAGCAGCAUCAGCAGCAGCAUCAGCGGCAUCAGCUGCCGAAGCACCAGAGACUGCUGUGGUGGAGGCAGCAUCGCCAGCGAAGCCAGCGUCGAAGCCAAAGCCGACAAAGCCACAGGCGGAUGCGGACAAGAAUCCAAUUAGUCGCUUCUGCAAGUGCUCGGAAUCGCAUUGCGACUGUUGCCGCAAGUUUGGAUUGCCGCUGCUGCCCAGCGGGCCGGGCUGUGCCAAGAUCGCGUAUCUGGGCAAUGACGAGAUGAGCGUCUCCCUGAAAUUUGGCGACAUCACUCUCGCCUCGCGUCGCAUCUCCAGCAAGCGGGCGCGUCCCAUCUGCGUGGGAAUGCCCGGCGGCUAUUCCAAGUUCUGCGGACGCGUCUACGGUCUGUCGCGGGCCAAGGAAAACUUCAAGGCGUGCCUUGCCUUCGAGCUGCGUUCCGAGGACGAAAUCGAGGGACAACUGCCCGUCUCCUGCUUCAAGUUCGGUUCGGAGGGACUGCGUGUCGCCGACCCCGAGCCGCUGCCCACCAAGGUCAAGAAGCCGGCGGAUGAGGAUGACGACGAUAUCUUUGGUUUUGGCGCUGGCGGCGACGAUGACGAUGAUGAGGACGAGGAUGACUAUGAUGAUGGUGAUGACGAAGCCGAACCCUCGGCAGAGGACGACGAUGCCGAAGACUAUGUCGAUGACGAUGACACCGCAGCGCCCGAGGAUGCUGACUACGGCGCCUUCAGCCUGGGCGGUCUGCUCGACGAGCUCGACGACGACGAUGAUGAGAAGCCCGCCAAGAAACCAAUUGCUGCUGCUGCUGAUGCUGCUGCUGCUGCUGCUGCCACGCCCAUUGCUGAUCAGACGACUCGCGAGCACGUUGAGAUAAUGGAUGCAGUUCAGAGCAAGGACGAUUCUGGAACUGCUGCUGCUGAUGUUGCGACCGUUGCUGACGAGGAGUCGCCUGUUCCAGCUGCGACUGCAGCGCCAUCUGGUGUCGAGGGCACCACGGCCACCGCCACCAAGGUGAAGAAGUCGAAGAAGGCGAAAAAGAACAAGAAGAAGAAGAAGGCAGCCACAGAGGCGGCCGCCGAAACCGAGGGCGGCUUUGCCUACGAGUUGCUCAAUGGCAUCCUGGAGUUCUUCAACUAAGCCAACAUAUAUCUCAGCAAGGCCAACACUGUAAAUACUCUUUUGUAUCGACGUUGAGCUGUGGCCAGGAGCAGAAACAGGAGCAGAAACAGGAGCAGAAACAGGAGCAGGAGCAGGAGCAAACGGUAUCAGGAGCUAGUUAGUUAGUUAGUACUAGUAUUGAACUAAGUACUUUAUUGCUUGCGCUAAUUUAUUUAUUUAUUAUUAUUUAUUCAAUCUAUUUGGCAACAAAAAAAUACAAAAACUGAACGCUAAUUUUUCACCAUGCCCAAAAUAAAAACAAUUCCGUUUUGUAAUACAAAUAUAUUUAAUUUAUUAAAGUGAAUGAAUA